UGUGUAGGGCACACACCCUCCACCCCUUGACGCCAGAGCUGCCUUUAAGCUGAGGCCACUUGGUCUGGUGCUUGUUUGGGCUGCAGUGAGUGCACAGACAACCUGGGCUCGUAGUUCUUGACAUCUUGGCUGUGGACCUGUUGCAUCACUCACCUGAGGACCUGGAUGUGGCUGUCCCUGAUCAGAACCAUCAGACCUGCCCUGCUCCUCUAGUUUGGGUCCCGUGGGAUGUGCUGCUUGUGGCUGAAUUGAAAUCCCUAUCAACCAUGAAGCUGAUUUUGAUCUUCAGUGCCCUCUUCGGGGCUUCCUGGUGCCUGGAAACUUUUUUUGGGCACCAGGUUCUCCGAAUCAAGACAAGAAAUGAGGAGGAGGUUAAGAAGCUGCAGGUUUUGGAAUCCCUGGAACACCUUAAGCUUGAUUUCUGGAUAAAUCCCUCCACCUCUUCCCUCCCUGUGGACGUGCGAAUCCCUGCUAACAGCAUCCAAGCAGUCAAAGCCUUCCUGGAGUCCUGUGGGAUUGAGUACUCCAUCCUGAUUGAAGAUCUGCAGGUUGUGCUGGAUAAAGAAAAGCAAGAUAUGGCCUGUGGUCAACAAAGGGAGCGCACCAGAAACACCUUCAACUAUGGAGCUUACCAUUCCUUAGAUGACAUUUAUGCACAACUGGAUAAUCUCGCAUCUGAGUUCAAUAACAUUGUCAGUAAGAUCAGGAUUGGGGAGUCCUAUGAGAAGCGGCCUUUGUAUGUGCUCAAGUUCGGCACCGGAGGAAGCAACCGUCCUGCAAUCUGGUUGGAUGCCGGUAUCCAUUCCCGAGAGUGGGUUACCCAAGCGAGCGCGAUAUGGAUAGCUCAAAAGAUUGCAUCAGACUAUGGGAAGGAUCCAUCUGUCACCUCUCUGCUGAAUAAAAUGGACAUUUUCCUGCUGCCAGUCGCAAACCCCGAUGGAUAUGUGUUCACACACACUAAGAAUCGCAUGUGGCGGAAGACUCGCUCCAAGAAUCGAGGCAGUCUCUGUAUUGGAGUUGAUCCAAACCGCAACUGGGAUGCAGGUUUCGGAGGUCCUGGAGCCAGCAGUAAUCCAUGUUCUGACUCUUACCAUGGGCCCAGUGCCAACUCAGAGGUGGAAGUUAGAUCCAUUGUCGACUUUAUUAAGAAUCAUGGAAACAUCCAGGCCUUCCUCACCCUCCACAGUUAUUCUCAGCUCCUGAUGUAUCCUUACGGCUAUAAAUGCAUGGAACCUGCAGACUACGCCGAGCUGGACACCGUGGGAAAAGCUGCUGCCAGUUCCAUCCGCUCCCUAUAUGGUACCACCUUUAAAGUGGGGAGCAUUUGCACUACGAUCUACCAGGCCAGUGGAGGCAGCAUUGACUGGAGCUACGAUUACGGCAUCAAGUACUCUUUUGCCUUUGAGCUUCGAGACACAGGUCGCUACGGCUUCCUCCUGCCAGCCAACCAAAUUAUCCCAACAGCAGAGGAGACCUGGUUGGGUCUGAAAACAAUCAUGGAGCAUGUGCGAGACAAUCCAUACUAAAAGCUGGGGUGGGAAUCAUCUGGCUGUAGCAGCAAGCUCAGAAAUUCUCUUCCCUUGGUGUGCUUGAGACAGCUGUGGCACCUGGCUGAAUAAAAACCCCACGAGCAUUUCUCCUACAGCAAUGCGUGUCUGUGUGUAAGAGCUGCUUCAUGCUUGUCUUGUUCACUGCAUGCUUGGUAGAUCCCUCAGAAGGUGGUACACAUUAGAGAACUUGGUUGCAGUCCACUUCAAGGAGACAUAGUAGGAGCAGUGGCAAGAGGAGGAUGGAAGAUGCGCCCAUGUGUGUGGCUAUUGAGAUCAGAGAAUAGAAAGAAUAGAAUAGAAUCAUAGACUGGUUUGGGUUGGAAGGGACCUUAAACCCAUCCAGUUCCAACCCCCUGCCAUGGGCAGUGACACAUCCCACUGGACCAGAUUGCUCCAAGCCCCAUCCAACCUGGCCUUGAACACCUCCAGGGAUGGGGCAGCCACGACUUCUCUGGGCAACCUGGGCCAGGGCCUCACCACUCUCACAGGAAACAAUUUCUUCCCAAGAACUCAUCUCAAUCUCUCCUCUUUCAGCUUAAAACCCUUCCCCCUCGACCUGUCCCUGCACUCGCUGAUCAAGAACCCCUCCCCAGCUUCCCUGUAGGAUGACUUUAAGGACUGGAAGGUUGCUAGAAGGUCUUCCUGGAGUCUUCUCCAGGCUGAACAACCUCAAUUCUCUCAGCCUGUCCUCAUAGCAGAGGUUCUCCAGCACACCGACCAUCUUCAUGGCCUCCUCUGAACUCUUUCUAACAACUCCAUGUCCUUCCCGUGCUGAGGACUCCAGAAUCAAAUGCAGGACUGCAGGUAGGAUCUCAUGAGAGCAGAGUAGAGGGGCAGAAUCCCCUCCCUCACCCUGCUGGUCCUACUGCUUUGGAUGCAGCCCAAGACACGGUUGUCUUUCUGGGCUGCAGGCACACGUUGCCGACUCAUGUCGAGCUUCUCGUCUACCAGUGCUUGCAAGUCCUUCUCCUCAGGGCUGCUCUCAAUCCGUUCUCCACCCAGCCUGUAUUUGUGCUUGGGAUUGCCCUGAACCGUGUGCAAGACCUUGUCGGAGACACCAGAGUGACCUCCAGUGAGACAGGGAGAGCAGCCCUUUUCCCACCCAGAUACGCCAGAAGUCAGUUGAGGGAGUUGCGUCAGUGUGGAGGCUGAGGAGCGAUGAAACCUAAGAUCGGGAGGGUGUGCUUGGAGAGAAGGGUGUGCUCAUCCCAUAGCUCAUGACCACUGCAAACUGUCCUGCCUUGUUCUGUCUGCAGCUCCAUCUCUGUUAGUAAACACAAAAUGUGUGGAUUGAAGAACUGAAGUCUUCAGAGAUGCUGAAUUAUAAAUUAAUCAGCUGGGAAGUUAAUUGCUCCACUACUGCAGUGUAGCUGAAGCUGCGGGGAGGACAUGGGCUUAUGCUCUGCUCCGGUAGUGUCCAGAGGUUCUUGAGAGAGGACAGUGGAGGAAUUCUGGUUUGUGUACAACCGCUCUGUGUAACUGCUCUGGUAAACCUGGAGCUCUGACAGAGCUCAGUUCUCGGGGGAAGAAAGGGCUGGUGCAGAGGACCUGAUGUUAGGCAGCGUAAUCCAGGCUUUGAGACCCAUUAAAGGAGUUUAAUUCCCUUUAACAAGCCUCAGCCCACCGCCAGGCCACCAAGCACUGCUGGGAAUGGGUUCUCCUGGCCUGGUGUCCACAUAUAUUUAUCCGGCCUUUUAUUCCUCCUAGAUACGCCUGGUGGACACGGCUAGAGGGAGGAUGGAGGUGCGAGAACACCUACUCUCGUCCAGGCUGGCAAGUUUGCAGACUCUUAGAAGCCUACCCACCUUGUUCUGUGUUUCAACCUCCUCAUUUCUCAGGGAUUAAGAGCAAACAGCUCAGGGCUGAGCAUGGGAGCCACCGCAGGGUCAGAGAUUAGCAAUCCCUGCUGCUAUUGCAGCGAUUAUGAAGUCUAACAGGUUUAUCUCGAUGCCCUGCGAUCCCCCCCAGCAGCCGGUGAGUUACUCACUCCUCCCUGAGCUUGGCAGGAGAGCAAACACCUGACACAGAGUGGAAAAUGUUGGUUCAGACUCGAAGGACAUGAGGCUUUUGGCAGGGGAAGGAAGGCUAAUGUGCAGUUGAGGCAUCGAGAAGCACCACAAGGGGUUGGUUUUGGGUUAAAUGGAGCUGUUUUGGAAAGCAAAGCCGAGCCUGAGGCAGCUGGUGCUCCUCGUACAUGUUCCAGUCCCCCCUGCUCAUGGUCCCAUCUGGUAGCAUGUGCUUCCCAAACUGAUCCACCCUUCCAAAUUCCCAUCCUCCAGCAGGUGAUAAGAACAGCCCUGAUAAAACCCCGCUGAUCUGAAAGGGCGUAGAGCACCCAAUUCAUUCUUGGAACCAGCCAACUUGCUGCCACCAGAGCAAGGACCUUGUGGCAGGCAGUGGACAGGACCUGUGGAGCCCAAGGAUCCUCUGCCGGUAUGGUAGACCUCUAGCCUCACUCUGUCUUUGAAGCUCAUUCCAGCCAUCCAAAUUUUGAGGCCACUUGGACCCUCUUCUCGUAAGCAUGUGGCUUGAUGACAACUGUAUCCAUUUUUUUGGACCUCUGGCACCAAAGAAACCUGGAGCAAGACCAAUGGUGGCCACCAAGAGGAAGAGAAGGAUGUGUCCCAUGAUGGGAUGCUGAGGGAGAUGGGCUGGUUUGGCCUGGAGAUCAGACAGCUUUGAGGUGGGAGGAUCUAACAAGGAGGUUAUUAAGAAAAUGGAGCCAAGCUCUUCACCACAAAGCAUGAUGGAGAGACAACAUCACCAGUUGAAACAAGAGAGACCCAGGCUUGACGUGGAAAAAUGCUUUUCCACCAGGAGGAGAGUCCAACAGUGGGACACGUUGCCCAGAGAAGCCACGCAGCCAUAAUCCUUGGAGGAAUUCAAAAGCCAACAGAGAGGGACCUGGUCUGUCCCCGGAGCUGACCUUGCUUCAUCUAGAAGGUCAGAUACAGACCUCCUGCUGUCCCUUCCCACCUCAACAUCCCAUGAUCCUGCCUCAAGGAUCUCUACCCUGAUGGCGCCAGCUCACCAACAUCACCAGUUCGACAUUAUGAAGCUGUGACGGAUCCCUGACCACGACAUAUUCCCUGUGGCACACCCUGCCGAUGGCGCAACCAGAAGGACGGCCUGGUUGAUAAGAAGCUUGACAUGAGCUGGCAAUGUGAGGUUGCAGCCAGAAGGCCAACCGUGUCCUGGGCUACAUACAAAGAAGUUUGGCCAGCAGGAAGAGGGAGGGGAUUCUACCCCUCUAUUCCUCUCUUGGGAGACCUUACAUGGAGGAUUGUGUCCAGUUCUGAAAUCCUCAACAGAAGAAGGAGAUGGGAAUGUUGGUACAGGUCCAGAGGAGGCUACAAGGAUGACGCGAGGGCUGGAGCACCUCCCGUGUGAGGACAGGCUGAGAGUUGGGCUUGUUCAGCCUGGAGAAGAGAAGGUCCGAGGAGAUCUUAUAGCGACCUUCCAGUACCUGAAGGGGCUCCAAGAAAGCUGGAGAGGGACUGUUCAUAAAGGCUUGUGGUGAUAGGAUGAGGGGCAAUGGGUAUAAACUGGGGACGGGUGGAUUUAGACUGGACAUAAGGAAGAAUUUCUUCACCAUGAGAGUGGUGAGACCCUGGCACAGUUUGCCCAGGGAAGUUGUGUCUGCCCCAUCCCUGGGGAUGUUCAAGGCCAGGUUGGAUGGGCCUUGGGCAGCCUGAUCCAGUGGGAGGUGUCCCUGCCCAGGGCAGAGGUGUUGGAACGAGAUGAUUUUUAAGGUCCCUUCCAACCCAAACCAUUCUAUGAUUCUAUGAUUCUUUGACUCUAUGACUCUAUGUCUGCUAAAAACAUAGCUGAGAUGACGUCUGCCAACCUGGGAUCCUGGCCCAGGAACCUGGAGCAUCCUUGUCAAGCGCAGACAGGAGGCUAUGGUAGAAAGGUGCACAACAAAGACACUGCUAUAACCUGCCGAACAAAGACACCGCUAUAACCUGUGGAACAAAGAAACCACUAUAACAAACUGACCUUUGAAGACAGCAGAAGUCAGCAACCACUGCUCCAGGAGCUGCGGUCCUGCCCUCUCUCGUGUAUCGACACAAAGGCAGCAAAAUAACUCACCCAAAUAACUCACAUUCUACCCAAAACUGAAACCCUCUUUCUCGCCUUGAACAUCUUUAUGUGACCCCCUCGGACCCUCGCCGGGGACGCCGUGAUACCCAUCAUCUUUGAAGUGAGACUUCAUCCAUCGUCAGCUGUGAUGGGGUUUGCUGAACGGCACCGGUAAUGAUUUGAAUGAGAUAUGUUGAGUUUUUUAUACAUCUAUACGUGCACAUAUAAGUAAUUAAUCAUAACUAUAUCUCUAUAUGUUUAUUUGCUUGCAUUUCUGCUAAUAAUAUUGUAGUAACUGGUAAUAUACAGUCAUUUUACUACUCAU